CUCGAGCGAGAAGGGACGCGCAAAAAAGCUCCGUGGCUCGCGCGCACGCGGUCUCUUUGACAUCGCCGUUGACAUCGCCUCUGUGCUGCAUUGCAUCUAUGAUAUUUCUAUAGGUAUGCGUAUGCGUUUAUGCCAUUAACACGACUCGUUAUAAAGCGAUCCUCUCGACAGCGAGGCACGAUCCAUUCGAUAUAUAUAAAUCUUAAUUGCCGGCUAUUAGUGAAAAUUCGUGGGUGUCGAAAGUGCGUGGGAAUCGAGUGUGUGCUGACGCAGUGAGCGCGCCAAAGCGAGCGAAUUAAUAAAACGUGCGAGAUAUUAUCGUUGUAUGAGUGGGUGACGGACUACGUCGGUCCAGCUGCUUUCGAUUAUAAACUAUUCGCGCGGCCAACUUGGGGGACCGGAAAGCUCGCUGCUGUACUACAGUAGCAACUGCAUAGAUAUACACUUAGCCUCGCGAGCAAACUUUCAAAAAGCUCCUGCUCGAAACCCGUUAGUAGCGAGGCUGCUGCUGCACACAUUCACUGCACUGCACUGCUCUGCUCUGCUCUGCGAAACAUGUUAAUGCAAGAAGCAGCAGUAGCAGCGGCAACGACGGACUCGGAGGGAUGCUAAACGAAGUCGAGCUUGCCCCGCUGGCGAGAUUGAGGCUAUAGCAGAGUGGUAGACCAGUUUGCAAAACAUUAUGCUGCUCUGAAAACAUAUUUAUACUUUGCCCUUUCAAACACCGGAGUGUGUGCGCGCGUGUGUGUACAAGUGCGCAUGCACGUAGAGUAGCAGUUGCUUGGGAUUUAGAGCAGUUUUAGUGAAAAAAAAAGAAAGAAAGAAGAAGGAAGGAGAGAAAAAAAGCAGAAUCUCAACAUGUACAAACUGUUGAGACGCGGCUCGGGUCGUAUGCUCGUGCUCUGCGCGGUCUUGUUGUCGGUGCUGCUCUGCCUCUAUUACGUUAGCCAGACGCAGUCGCCCAACGGAGCCGCGAACGCUCCCGCAUCGGCGGCCGCCGCGGCUCUUUUGGCGGACGCGGGCCUCGACCGGGUGUUCACCUCGGCUCAGCCGGAGUACAACGAGGCCGCGGACGCUCAAGUGUCCAGCGAUACCUGUCCGCUCAUCACGCCCAGAGAGGCCGACAUCGACGUCCAGGCGGAAUACGACAAAUUCGAGUUUCAGCCAUCGUGGAUGAGAAGUCGAGAAUACUGGGACGACAGUUUCGAACAACGCUAUUCUGAGUAUAAAAAAGAUUCGAGAAGACCACCCUUAAAAGUGAUAUUGGUUCCCCACAGCCACACAGAUCCAGGAUGGUUGAAAACAUUCGAACAAUAUUUCCACAGUUCAACGCGAAGUAUUUUGAACAAUAUGGUGACGAAGCUGCAACAGUGGCCGAACAUGACAUUUAUAUGGAGCGAAGUUUCAUUCUUAUCAUUAUGGUGGGAAAGUGCUCACCCGACGAAAAAAAUGAUAGUCAAAAGGUUAAUCAAAGAAGGACGAUUAGAAAUGACAACGGGAGGUUGGGUAAUGACCGACGAAGCAACAACACAUAUUUAUGCCAUGCUGGAUCAGUUGAUUGAAGGACACCAGUGGCUGAAGACGAAUCUGGACGUGACGCCGGAGUACGGCUGGUCCGUGGACGUGUUCGGCCACGGCAGCACCGUGCCCUACCUGCUCAAGGCCUCGGGCGUCGGCGGAACGGUCAUCCAGCGUCUGCACUACGCCUGGAAGCAGUGGUUCGCCAAGAAGCAGUACGGCGACUUCGUCUGGGUCCAGCCGUGGGAUCAGAACGGGGUCGCCGAUCUGCUGACCCACAAUCAGCCCUUCGACAUCUACAACAUCAAGCACUCGUGCGGCCCGCAUCCGCACGUCUGUCUCAAUUACGACUUCCGCAAGAUACGCAACGAGUAUACCGAGUACUCGGUCAAGGCCGUGGACAUCUCGUCGAGCAACGUCAAGGCCUUGGCCGAGCAGCUGCUCGAGCAGUACUUCAAGACUGGCUCGCUCUUUCCGCACAACGUCGUGCUCAUUCCUCUGGGCGAUGAUUUCAGGUACGAUCAUCCGGUUGAAUGGGAUCAGCAAUACACGAACUACAAGAUCCUCAUCGACUUCAUCAACAACCGCAAGGAGGAGUACAACGCCGAGGUGGUGUUCGGCACGGUGCGCGACUACUUUCAGGAGAUCGAGAAGCGCAUGGCCCGCUUCCCCACGCUCAAGGGCGACUUCUUCGUCUACUCGGACAUCUUCAGCGAAGGCCGACCGGCCUACUGGAGCGGCUACUUCACCACGCGGCCCUAUCUCAAGAUCCUGGACCGGGAGCUCGAGGCGAAUCUACGCAGCGCCGAGAUCCUCUACACGGUGGCGCUGAACGUGGCCAAGCAGUCGGCCCGCGACAUCAAGCUCUACGAGACGUACUUCGAGAAGCUGGUGAAGGCUCGGCGCAAUCUCGGCCUGUUCCAGCAUCACGACGCCAUCACCGGCACCUCCAAGGCCUCCGUCAUGAAGGACUACGCGCUUAAGCUGUUCGAGUCGAUAUCCGACAUGACGAGCCUGCAGAGCUUCACCAUACAGUCGCUGGCCGCCACGGAGCUGAAGAACGCCAGCUCCGGCCAGAUCUACGUGCUGUCCGAGUCGGAUCGCGACAGCUACGAGAAGCUGCCCAAGAAGAUCCCCAUCAGCAUCAACAACAAGGAGACGAAGCGCAUCGUGCUGUUCAACUCGCUGGCUCAGCCGCGACAGGAGGUCGUCAGCCUCAAGGUCAGCACUCACCGAGUGCGAGUGCUCGACUCGCAGAAGAAUCCCAUCCCGUAUCAGAUCGCCCCGCAGAUGAACGCGACGAGCAUCACGCACGACGUCUACGUGCUGCUGUUCGUGGCCGAGCUUAAGCCCCUGAGCAUACAGGUCUAUCAUCUGCAGCAGAUCGACAAGGUGCCGCCCGAGGCCAUAUCCACGGUCUACUGCACGCGCUGCGGCAAGGACCAGGUCUUCCCCAUCAAGCCCAUGCAGGUGGGCGACGUCCAGCUCGAGAAUCAGCGCAUGAAGCUGCUCUUCGACGGCCAGACAGGCUUCCUCAAGCGCGUCACCAAGAAGCCCAGCGGUAAGAUCAUCCAGUGCAAUAUCCAGUUCGCCGCCUACCCGUCGGCCCAGUUCCACAGCGGCGCCUACCUCUUCAUGCCCGAUCCGAAUCUGCGUGACUCCGACAAGGACGUGCUCGAGGCCUACACGCCCCAUCAGAAGAUCUACAUCGUCUCGGGGGCGCUCAGCUCGCGUCUCACCGUCGAGUACGGCAAGCUGCUGGCGCAUCACGUCGCCCUCUAUCACAAGGAGGGCCCGCUGUCCGAGGCCAUACACCUGCGCAGCGUCGUGGACUUCGAGGCGCCUCCGAAAAAUCGCGAGACCGAGAUGUUCAUGCGCAUCCAGACGGACAUCGUGAACGGCGAGCCGCCCGUGUUCUACAGCGACGAGAACGGCCACCAGAUGAUCAAGCGCACCAAGAUCGAGAGGAUCGGCAUCGAGGGCAAUUACUAUCCGAUCACGUCGAUGGCCUACAUCGAGGACCAGGCCCAGCGACUGACCCUGCUGGUGAAUCACGCGCACGGCGCGUCGAGCUAUCAGCCGGGCUGGCUCGAGGUCAUGCUCGACCGGCGCACCCUCUACGACGACGCCCGGGGCAUGGGCGAGGGCCUGCUGGACAAUCGCAAGACCGUGAUGAAACACUGGCUGCUGCUGGAGGACGUCGUCGGCGAUCAGGAUCGCCUGUCCAAGCCGUCGCUCUUCGCCAAUCACAUGAGCAACGCCCUCAACUAUCCGGCCAAUCUGUUCGUCGUCGACAGCCCCGAGUCCGAGAUCAAGCUGCAGCCGGAGACGAGGCUGCUGAGCCACAGUCUGCCCUGCGACGUGCACAUGCUCAAUCUGCGCACCAACCACGACCCCAAGAUGUCGCAGUACCCGAUCAACAACGCCCUCAUGGUGCUGCACCGGCAGGGCUUCAGCUGCACGGUGGGCGCCGACAUACCGAUCAAGCACUGCCCGCUGUCCGACAGGCCCGCCGGUGACACGCGCUUCCUCAGGCUCAGCGAGCCCAACAUCACCAAGACCUCGCUCACGGGCACCAAGGUCGAGAAAUGGCUCAAGGCCGGCUUCCGCGACAUCGCCAUGCAGCCCAUGGAGAUCCAGACUUACAAUGUUAAUUUCGCUGUCAAUCUGCACUGAGAGCGUCUACUCCUGGCGUCCGGCUGAAUCGUUGAUGAUGGGACCUAAUAACUGACUCUAUAUUCCAUGUCAAUGUGUUAUCGUAAAAAAUGGUAACCGACUACUUCAUACCCUUGCUGUGUCUUUCGCGAGUGAUUUACCCUGUUUGUAUACAGAGGUAAAUGAAUUCGUUCGCUGAGUGUUUUUCAAUUACAUGUUUUGUGUUCCAAUGAUAUUUGUUAAAUUUUACUCAAACAAGACGAUUAUUUUACAUUUUACCUGGGAAUGCUCGAGGAAAUCUCGAGUUAUUUGAGUGAACUGAAUGAAAAUAAAAGAAAACUAUAGUCAAUUAAGGCUAAAUAUAAAAAAGAAAAAUACGUUAAAUGUUGAAGAAAAUUUUAAUACAUCGGGUAUUAAAUGUAAAAUGUAUAGAAUUAAAUAUAUUCGUAUAAUGACGAUAACAGUGAUAAAAAAAAAUACUAUUUAGACUGAUAAUUGCAGCUAUUUUAACGAUAAAACCUGCCAAGUUAAUAUACUGUGAAAGAAGUACGAGCGUCAUGCUGCCGAGUUUUAUACCCUGCAUAUAGAUCAGCAAGUAAUUAAAAUAAAAAUAAUAUAUUCAUAAUUCGCACCCGCUGGCAUCGAAAAUUGUUCGACGAGGUUUCAGCGAGACACUUGGCCUUUUAUAUCUAUGAGAUUCGAAUUUUGUGUGUGCGUUGUGUGUGUCGUCGUCAUUGAGUCACGCGAGGCAUAUGCGAAUUUAGUCUGCCUAAUAUAGACAAUUAAGAAAAAAUACGUGCGCAAGCUGUGAAAUUUUCGAUAGUGCAAUGGGUUGUAUACCAAUUGCGCGUAAGUGCGAUAAUAUGGUUACCAUCGUUCAAUAAGUAAUUUUAAAUCAUGCGACACCAAAAGAAUAUUUCUCGGAACGCGCUGUGAUUUAUUAUUAUACUCUUUACAAGUCAAAACGUGUAUGAAAUUGCGUCCUACAAUGAUCUUGGAUGUUUUUUUCAGAACUUUUUAUUAAGAAUUACUUGUAUAGAUGAAUUUUAAAUAUAUAAAAAUUGUCAACUGAAUCAAUAGAUGAGACUGUUUCAGACUCAUCAAUCAUAGGAUAUUAUUACUUUAAAAAAACCUUAUAUUCGGAAAACAUAGAUAGUAAUUUAUUAGACGAUACGAAUACUUAUCACUGUAGAUAAAAUAGACAAAAAGUGUAAUGAAAGAUACAACAAAGUAUUUAUAUGUAUGGCGUGAAUUAAUAUUUAUGAUUGUACAUAUCAGUUGGGUUUUAAUGUAAAAA